UGACUUCCACGUUGGGGUUAGUUAGUGCUUGUAUUGUACUGCCGGCAAAAAAGCUUGACAGUACAUUACACUCGUAAGGCAGCUACUUUAUCCUAACAUAAAACAAAGCAUUAAAAAUGCAUAGAAAUAGGGAAAACAAGUUUCACAAAAGACCGUCAAAUUCUUGGAAAAAUGUUCACUGCGAAACGAAGACCAAGAAAGCUUUCAAACGCUGCCAAAGCAUUGCACAUGUUAAGGGAUUAUGCAAAGGAGUCGAAGAGGAAGUUGGUCUUUUGUAGGCCAUUGUUAAAAGCCAAUGAUUUGCGUAUAAGACGGCGGUUGUCUGCCAUGUGACUGGGGCAUUUUCUCGGAAUAAGUUUCAAUCUUCCCAUUUCCAUUCCACUUGCGUAUUUUCCACCCAAACAUUUUUAGGCUCGAUGCAUUGCCUAUCCGCAGUGGAGGCGAGUUAGGUGUCAAAGGCCAUCGAAAGGGUGUCCCUCGGUGUGCCAAAUAUGAGUGGCCAAAAACCUGGGGGUAUAAAAGGCAGUGGAACUUCGGGUAUUGACAACAUUCUAAGACUACUUAACAGCAGCUCAACAUGGCCUACAAGUUCACCUGCUCUCUGCUCCUGAUCGCAUCCAUUGCUGUCGUUUCCCUGGCGGAACCAGCUACGUUCCGAAUCCGAUCAUCUCGGUUCCAGUUUGCACGGCAGGAGCAGGCUCCACAGGAUCAGGCAGCUUCGGCAGAUCCCUCAGCUGAUAUUGCGCCCACUCCGGCCUCAGCUCCUUAUCCGCCGGCUGGUGUCACUCCGGAGGUGCCCUUCGACCUGCCUACGGAGACGGAAGCUCAGCCCGAUCUGACCUACGGACCCCCAGCUGAGCCGGACAACACAUACGGACCUCCGGAUAAUACUUACGGACCUCCUGCCGAGCCCGAUAACACCUAUGGACCUCCGGCAGAGGCCCCAGUUGACCAGGCUCCUGUGGAUGCCGCGGAGACCGUUCCCGCUAGUCUCAUUCAGCCCCGCAAUGGACGCCUCCGCACCCGUCGUCCCGUCCCGGAAAAACUUCAAAACGCCCAGAUCAUUCGUUCCAGACCAGUGCUGGUGUACUCCAUCUAAAAGGGUCUACACGAAUUUGUUAAUAUACAAAUUGAAUCGAACCUAUAGGAGACACUCACUGAAUUUUGUUGCUAAAUAAAUAAUCGAAUUGUUGCUCAAUAAACUACUCAUAAAACAAAGAGUUGGUAAAAUCA